AUGCCGCCCCUAACCGGCUUCUGCGAUAACCCAAUCCGCACCCGCCUUGACUACACCCGUGUCGCUCUUUCCCUCCUCGGCCCCCUCGUCCCCUACAAAUCCUCCUCCAACGCCCGCAUCAAAAUCGCUACUUCCACCGGUGCUGGCUUUAGCGAGACCGCCGCGCAACUCGAAGGCUUUGCGCGCCCGCUGUGGGCCGUACCCUCACUACUGCGCUCGGGCGAUGCACCCUCACAUCUCAAGACGUGGGUCGAUGGCGUGAGAGCGGGAGUCGACCCAGAGGCAGCGGAGUACUGGGGGGAUGUGCUGGAGGAGGGUUUUGAUCAGCGGAUGGUGGAGAUGGAGAGCAUAGCGUACGCGCUGCUGAGUAGUCCCGAUGUGUUUGGGUUCCAAGAUGACGAUGCGGUGAGGAAGAGGCUGGUGGCGUGGCUGAGGCAGAUCAAUGGGUUUCCGAUGCCGAAGAGCAAUUGGCUGUGGUUCCGGGUGCUGGUCAAUCUGGCGCUGGUGAGGGUUCUUGGAGUGCCGCUGGAUGAGGUGAAACAUCAUAUUGAUGAGAGCUUGGAGACAUUGGACACGUUUUAUCUGGAGGAUGGGUGGAGUAGCGAUGGGCUUUGGUGCGAUGACAGGAAGCAGGUUGACUACUACUCUGGUAGCUUCGCGAUUCAAUUCGCUCAGCUUCUCUUCGUCAGAUACGCUCCUGAUUACGACGCAGAGAGGUCAGCGAGGUACAAGGAGCAAGCAAGAGAUUUCGCGAAGUCGUAUUGGCGGUACUUUGGACCCAGCGGCGCUGCCAUACCGUUUGGCAGAAGUAUGACCUAUCGCUUCGCAUUCGCGGCGUUCUGGGCUGCAGUGGUUGUUGCCGAAGUUGAUCUACCCGCACCACUGGAUGAUUUGGGCAUUGUCAAAGGCUUGUUGGGAAGACAUCUCCGAUGGUGGGCACAAAAGCCGCACAUCUUCAACACCGACGGCACGCUGAACAUCGGGUACACAUAUCCCAACAUGUACCUCGCCGAGGACUACAACUCUCCACAGUCAGUUUACUGGUGUUUCAAAUCGCUCAUCGUGCUCGGCAUCCCAGAAGACCACGCAUUCUGGUCCUGCGGAGAACUUCCCUAUCCAAAAUCCGACUCGAUCGCAGACGUGGAAUUGAUCUGGGCACCCCGACACAUACUCUGCAACGCCCCCGAGCAUCACUUCCUCCUAUCAUCCGGCCAGUCCACGAGCAAGCGCUUCAAGGCCCGUGAGGCCAAGUACGGCAAGUUCGCGUACUCCUCUGCAUUCGGGUUCAGCGUCCCUUGCGGCCCGUUCCUCGAGCAGAGUGCGCCAGACUCCACUCUAGCAAUCAGCUUUGACGACGGUGAAAAAAACUGGAAAGUUCGCUGGGACCCGUAUGAUGUCGAAACAUAUCCUGUUCGCGUUGGAGAUGAGGAAGUGCCGGCACUAGCUAGCAGGUGGCGGCCAUGGAAGGCAGAAGAAAUCACGAUCUCGACUCUACUGAUACCGCCGGUGAAGAAGUGGCCUGGAUGGCAUAUCAGAGUCCACAGGGUGGUAUAUUCGCCAAAGGGAAAGACCCAUCCACUGAAGCUGGUAGACAGUGGGUUUGCGGCCUCAGCGCAGACUUCGAGCGACAUUUCGGUCUUCGAGCGGCGUAUAAAGGCCAUGUCGGAUCUGGCCGAAGUCUCGCAAGGCUGGUACAAAGACGGCGACUCUACGCUCGUCAUCUCUCAGUCUGGUGCGAGUGGUGUUGUAGACCUGACAUCUGACUUCUUCUCGAAGAUGGCGGGCGACGGCUCCCAGGACAUCAGUACCACGGUUUCUGUCAUCCGUGCAGACCCAAAUACCAAUCUUGUUGCACAGAGGACCUUGAUUCCAGCUGUGCAUCACACGCUGAUGUCCAGUGAGCAGGCUGAAGACUUAAGUAUUGUGUACACGUUUGUGACGGGCGUUUUUGCUAUCGAGGCUUUCGCAGAUGAAAAUCCGAGCGAUAUCCAACGCAUGUGGAAGAACAGACCGCGAGGGAGCGAGCUUCCAGCUCUCACGUUCUUACAUAGAAAGUAA